CCCAGGUGCGGGCGACCCGGAGCCCCCUGCCGGAGCAAAAAGGAGCGAGCGUUCGUUCUUGCCCGACCAGCCGAUGCGCAAGAAACGGACGGCUGACGCGAGGUUCGAUGCGGCGUGAAAGUGCGAACGGAGGUAGAGCUUCUUGAAAGGGUGGCGAUCGAGCAACGAGAACCUCGAGGUCGCGUGCCGUUAGAUCGAGCCAAGACGUCGAGACUCGUGUCUUCGAAGGAGCCAUCGCGAUGCCGACCGAAGGAUGAAGACGGACGUUGGAUGCGCUUAACUCUCCGAAAUGGCCGCGAUGAUGCUGGGGAGCUUUUUCCAUCGACCGAAGAGAACUCGCCGGCGAUCGGUAGUCUUCUAGUUAGAGAAGAGUGCCGGGCUGGAUCCCUUUCUGCCGCUUCUUCCCGUGACCACGAGGCGCUGGGCACGAUGAGCGGCCGACAGCUGUAGCGCUCCCUGAAAAAGCGGUUGUGUGUGGAACAUUAGCAUUUGGAGGGAAAUAGACCAUUCGAGACAGCUGGUCCGACGUACUAUUGGUGCAAGAAACUGUUGCGGGCUCGUACGAGCGUUACGAGUUUGCGCUAUUGCCGCGUCGAUGCUCAUUGACCGAAGGGCGGCCCAUAGUCAUCGGCUCCUGGCGGAGCAAAAAGAAGCGGCGACUUUUGCCUCGAGUUGAUCUUGCUUUUCUUGUUACUCGUCUUGCUGACACGUGAGUAAUGGACAGCCGCCGCGAGAUUCAAUGCGCCCUCUAAGUGCGACCACGAGACUCUCCAGCGGACCCGUGAAGAGCGAUGUUGGACUACACUCCGUACACCCGCCGCAUACUACUCGGUAAUGUAUACAGAAAUCUUGAGGAGGUAUAAAAGUUCGAGGGGCGAGUCCGUGACACGCUCGAGCGCGGUAGCUGCUUACAAACGGCACUUCUGGAAAUAAUUGUAUGGCCAAGAAAAGACUCCCGGCGUACUGUGGGAUCUUUCGCCGAAUUUUUGGAGGACUCCCUGGUCGGGGCCAAUUACGCAUUGGAAGCUUGUUUUGGGAUCACAAGAGGGGACUAGAAGACGGUGAUUACCCGAGAAGCGUAUACCGGAAGUUGACGAUACAAUGAUUAAGGAAUUAAGUCGGAACGAGAAUGUGGACGAUGUAACUUUUGUAGGAAAGCUCGAACGUUUAUGAGUUUUCGGAGAUUUUUAAGGAGAGGUCGGGUGCUUCUCGGCAAAGAAGAAACGUGCGUGGUGAAGACGUUGACUUGCUGCUGCUGGGUGUGGAUAGAGGAAACAUUCCGAAGAGGAAUAACUCAUCGCCCUGAUCUAAUCGAGAUGAUCGAUUGCGUACUCGGUCCAAGAGGGCAUCGACUUUUGAAGAGUUCGCGAUACCGUGCAGUGUUUUAUACGCAGGGAGGACUCUCCAACGAAUGUUAAAGUGUUCUUUUAGGGCGCGAAAUCCUUCGGAUCCUCGUAUUCUCAGAUCGGGAGCGAAUCUACGGAUAAUUGCGCGGAGUGUGGGACGGCAGCUUUGAUUGUUCGCAUGUGCAAACCGUAGCAGCCUACGUUGGUUAAAGGGUGCUCGUAAAGCGAGGUGGAGAAUAAAACUUCCGGUGCGUCGCGAUAUUCAAGUGGGAAACUACAAGUAGAUACUCAUCUUUCGCGGCAACGUGCUUUACUUCCAAGCGGAAGGGGAGAAGGUUCUAAUGGGAAGUGAUGUCUACCUAUUAUGGCAGAGCCUUCUUCGAGGAGAUAUGUCACAGCUAAGUACAUGGGUUCGUUUCCCGUGGCGUGUACCGAUAUUGCCAGCCGAGUAGAAUUCGUGCGCUCCCAGCUCCAGAUUCUCAGAUACAGCGAUCGGUCCACCUCCGUCCUUCUGAUCGUCUCACUCGCCGGGAUCAAAGUAUGCAGCCCAGAUGGAAAGUGCGUGCAGAUGGCACACGCGUUGAGGCGUAUCUCGUACGCAACUUGUGAGCCCCAGCACGCCCAGUUCAGCUUCCUGGCGAGAGAGCCGAGGGCCCACUUCAGCAUCCAGUACUGCCACUCCUUCAUCACCGAAUCUCCUGAACAGGCAGAGGAGCUCAACACCAUCGUCGGCAAUGCGUUUCGUAUGGCGUACGUGGCGCAAUUGCAACGCCAGCCGAUUCUCCAGGAGGUGAUCUCGCCCCAAUCAGCACUACCUUAUCGCAAGGAGAGACAGGAACAUCGAACCACUUGGAAUAAGGCGAGUAAGCAGUUCACCGAGGGGGACGCAAUCAGCGGCACCGGAGGAGUGGGCGGGUGCAGGACACCGUCCUCGAAUUCGUGGCUCAAAAGUCGGACGUCGCCCACCUCACGCCCUGGAAGCGGCUCGUCCGCAGCGGACAUGAACGUCCAACUCGGCAGCGCCGGCUCGCCCACGCUGCGACUCGCCAGCGUCAAGGCCCCCAACUCGAUCCCGGGUCUGCGGCCGUCGCACAAUUUCAGCAACGUCCUAGGCCCAAUCUCGAGCGAAAACGAGCCAAAGAGCAUCUCCCAGCAGAGCACCCCCAGCAGCGACGAGAGCAACUCGCCAACCGAGCUCAACUCGUACAAGAGGCUGACCGAUAAGCCGCCGCUGAUAAAGCGGCUGGCAAUGGGCCUGACGGGAGGACGCGACGUCCUCGGGCUCAAUGGCGAGGACGACAGCUGCCCACUGGUCAGUGGAAGCAGCACUCCUACGAGCCCGACCAACAGGCCACAUUCCGGGGGCUACAUCAACGAGGCAAUCAUCGACUCCGAGGGGACGAGGCCACCCUACGGCAAGAUCGCGCCCUCCGAGAGCCUCGACAACUCCAUCAACGCCUCCAUCACCGCCAAGAACUUCAAUAUCGAGAACAACAGGAUAGAGCACAACUCGCCGAAUUCGGGGACAGAGACGGAGUUCAAGUCGAAGAGAAGAUCCCAGAUUAGCACGUCGAGUAGUUCGGUACCAGCGGACGGAAGUACGCACGGUUCGACGCCAACACCUCCACCGCUUCCGGAAAGAACGGAUAGUCUGAACAACCGCACCGAGGAGGGCGAACUUCGCCGAGCUCCAUGGUUCCAAGCGGGUAUACCAAGGGAAAUAACGCUGGAAGUACUGAGCCAGGAGCCGGAAGGAGCCUUCAUGGUGCGGGAGAGCACCAGUAAACCCGGAUGUUACGCUCUCUCUCUUCGGGUUCCACGUGAAUUCCAACCGAGCGGAAUAGCCCAUUAUCUCAUCAUGCGUACCAAUAAGGGAUACAAGAUCAAGGGUUUCACGAAGGAGUUCACAACGUUGACGGCGCUGAUAACGCAUCACUCCGUAAUGCCGGAAUUGCUGCCAUGUCCCUUGUCCCUGAGUCGCUAUAAUCCAAGUUUCGUCAAGAGCGACUCCAACAAGGACUUCGCAGACAUCGACUCGGAUCCUGAUUACAACACCCUGGCAGACUUCCGGAAGAUGAUGGCGGAUCUUAACGUUUAAGCAUCGAAGUCACUUCGCCUGGACGGCGAAUCGUACCAUGUUCGCAACGAAACGAGCCAAUCUCGCCUCGCGACUUAACUCAUAUUUGUGUGAUUAUACUGCCAGAAAAGGAUCACAUGUAAAACCCCGAUGCGAAGGAAAGAAGUCGGCUACGGCACGCUUGACACCAGCCGUGGCAAAAGAAACUCGGACGAAACUCGAAUUAACUAAUGUUAACCAUAGGUCAGGUGUAACAGGAAGCCUGUUAACGCCUCGCUUCCCAUACGGCCGAGGACACCUACGGACUUCUAAUUUAUGAAGUCGUGACGAUCGUGUGUCCGAGAGAAUGAUCCCAAACGCGUAAGAACAUUACUUGCCCAGUGGAAAACCGGAGCACAGACUCGCGAACAAUGAAACGCCACAGUGAUAUAUACUCGUAAGUCGUCGCUAAUCGUAAGGAAAGUAGCAUAGGUAUAUCAUAGUGGCCGAUGUAUCAUUAUGGUGGGGCCAGGAUAUUUAUGGCUCGGAAAGGAGCCAGGGAUGCGCAGAGGUUCUUGCGAUUACCAAUUGUCCAAUUCAUAAACAAAUGCGCAACGUAUAGCGGAUGUGGUUUACGCGGAGUCUCGAUCGCAGGUACACGAAGAGAUCGCGUAUUCGAAUCCUAGUUUUGCGCGAUUACGUGAAAGACCAAUGGCUUACGUAUAGACUGCUCGACUGAUCUGCUCUCAUAAGAGUCUGCAUGUCGAGAAAUUGUUUCAGGGAUUUCAUGCUCUGGUAUUUCUAUUCUUAAUGGUACCAACAUGUUCCCUCUAUAUUUUUUGUUAUCGAACCAGAUGGAAUACAAUAAUUUUUGACAAUAUAACAUCACCAAGAAGUAUAGCGAAGAGAUGACGGACGUGAAGGAAAACGCACAUAUGCAUGUAGUGGAUUUUAUGCACUCCAUUCGUUUUUUUUCUUUUCUUUUUUUUGUUGAAAAAUUUCGGUAUAAAAUACGCGCGUUGUAACGUUGUUUCACCGUGUCGAUGCAAGGAAUGAAACACUGAAUUAAAAUGUAAAGAAAUACGAUUUCGAUGAUCGCCGACAAUUGUUCACUCGUACUUCUCACUAUAUUUCCUCGGAGUAACUAUUUUUUCUAAUGGCUGUGAUCGAUAUAACAGCAAAUUUUAUAUAAUAUUAAGGAGAUCCUUCCUCCCAGACACGCAUGCAUUACUGAUCAAACGUGAUCGUUUAUACAAAAGAGCAAGUGAACGGUAAAAUUUACAUGAUCAACUAUUUACUUAUUAUAUCUUUAACUAACUAAUAUUAUGUCCGUAUCGCCACUAUGCCUCAAUGUUACAUCGCACGCGCCUACAACUAAAUGUGGUUGAGAUCGUGCGUUUACGCUUUAUCGUUCUUUUCUUUAUCAUCGUGGAAAAGAGACUCCUAAAUACCCACCCAUUCGUUCUCCACCUGAUCAACCCGAAAAUCAGCUGAAAUCGCGAGGUCGCUGAAAAUACUAACGCGCCCCAUCGAUGAUACUUCUGUACCAUUGGUGUUUCAUACAGCUAGAUUGUACGUUGCGAGCUCUAUGUAAAUGUGUUUAUAUGUAUAUACAUUUUAAUUAUUAUUACGCGACACUGGACAUUUAACCGAGAGGAUUCGUAGGGAUGAGAAACACACAUUGGCGGUGGAGUGGUUUAGGGCAAAGCGGCAGGAAAAAAAAUGGCUUAUACAUGAAAUGUAUAUCCGUGCGAUGGACAAACCACGAAUUGGAGACGUUACAAAUGGUACAUCGAUCGCUCGACUAACCUAGUCUUGUACAGAAGUUGCGCGCAUUGUUUAUAUAUAUAUAAUACAAGGGAAAGCAAGAGGAAUAGUCCGGAAGUGAAACCGCGCAAGUCGCUUUUUACACGCCGAAGAAUAAUUUUAAGAAGUUACAUUGAUUGCAUCGUUCCCGUGCGCAAAACCAGUAUGUCGAUGUUAUUUGGAGUUUUGUAUUAACCGAUAGAUAGACUCUCACUUUGACACCAUAGAGAGAACAACCGGCGCGGGGAAUAAUACGGCCGUACUGAAAAAUCGAUCGUCACCCGA